ACCUAUGCAUCACAUACUCACGACACACAACACAUGCAUCCAGGCAUGAAAGUAGCCCGUGCAACGCUUAGGGGCUUGCCGGCCAACCCUCGUCGAUGCUUUUCCGCCACUGCAUUUUGCAGGCGACCUUUUGAAGAACGCGACUACGUCCUUCUCAAGAAGAAACGGGGCUAUGAUGACCAAGGAACGCUCUGCAAGCUCAAGUCCGGUCACUCUUAUCACAACCAUUUCGGAGUCAUCCAUCACAACGAUAUAAUAGGGAAAGAACCGCGCCAGGUCGUCAAGUGUGGCUCCAAUGAAUACAGGAUACACGAGCCUACAUUGGCAGACUAUGUCCGACUGACCCCACGUCUCGUUACUCCUAUAUAUCCACACGACGCCAAUCUGAUUGUCUCUCUGUUAGACAUUCAUGUCGAUACAUAUGCCAGCUCCGCAGACAGUCCGCCUAUGGAGAUCCUCGAAGCCGGCACCGGUCAUGGAGCCUUGACAUUGCACCUUUCUCGAGCUCUCCAUGCUGGGAACCCGCCACCGCCACCCCCCAAGUCUCCGGCUUUCGAUGACGAGCAAAACAUGGAAGAUGCCGUUUACGAUGGCGCAGGUCUCGACGAGCUCAACCAAAAGUCAUGGCAGGACGAUCGCCGUGCCAUUCUUCACUCGCUCGAUAUAUCAGCCAAACACUCCAAACAUGCUAGGAAGAUUGUAGCGGGUUUCAAGAGAGGCAUGUAUGCUCGAAACGUUGAUUUCCACGUAGGAGAUGUUUCUGCUUGGAUAGCCCAACAGAAAGCCUCUAGGAAAACGGACGACCCAUUUCUCUCCCACGUCUUCCUGGACCUGCCAAGUUCACAGAGCCAUUUGGCCAAUGUUGCUCCCGCUCUGCACCCCAACGGUAUGCUCGCUGUUUUCAAUCCUAGCAUCACGCAAAUUGGAGAAUGCGUAGACGAGAUCCGCAAGCAGCAUAUGCCCUAUGUGCUAGAGCAGGUUGUUGAACUAGGCGUUGGAACAGUUCGCGAGUGGGAUGUGCGGCAGGUUAAACCUCGUGCCACUCUCAAGAAGCCGUUGGGAGUGGAAUCAGAGCCAUCGUCUCCGAGUACAGGGCCGGUUGAUCCCGAGAAAGAGCAGCAGGCGAGGGACGGGGAGCUUGCAGAAGAGCUUCUCGAAAAGCAGGAAGAGGAAAAGUGGGCUAUGAUAUGUCGACCCAAGGCUGGUCAAAUGGUUGUAGGCGGUGGAUUCCUUGGCCUUUGGCGGCGCAUGGAAAGAUCGAGUACUGCCGAUUCGCAGGCUGAAGCUUAA